AAGAGGGUCUGUCCGCAGCUCACUACCAUUCAGAAGUCUGCUCGUCGUGAAAAGUUUGUAUCCCUUACUAAUGACAUCAAUGAUACACGAGCAGCCUACAUGGAUGAAGUCCAAGGACUGGCAAAAAAACAUGGGCGAUCCGAGCGCUGGACACGGCGUCAGUUAUACCUUGGUGGGAAAACUGUCCGUCGACUUUCACGCGGUGACCACUGGAAGUUGACAGAGUUCAUCGAAGAUCACAAUGAGACUCUCAAGCAUGAUUAUUCAAAGCUCACCGCUGCUCAGAAGAAUGCAUUUGUGAUUGAGAUCAUGCAGAGGCGUGUUGCAAAGCAAAAAAUUGUCCGUGACAAUCCGAAGGCCGUGCAGCGCGAUAUGCUCGCAUCCUUUGCUGCAAUGGAUCAGGAGUGGACUGCAUUGUGUUCGCGACUUGGAAUCGAAGGAUUUUACAUAGCCGUCCGAGGCGGUGUCGAGGAUCUUAGCGGGCCUAAGCUU